CCAGAGAGUUCCCUCUCGAGCAGACAGGGUCGAGCAACAAAGUUCGCGCAUCUCCUGUCAGGGUCUCCUUCCCAUCGAGGCAAUGGCUUCUAAACUCCUGCGAGCAGUCAUCCUCGGGCCGCCCGGCUCGGGCAAAGGCACCGUGUGCCAGAUGAUCGCCCAGAACUUUGGCCUGCAGCACCUCUCCAGCGGCCACUUCUUGCGGGAGAACAUCAAGGCCAACACGGAAAUUGGUGAUAUGGCCAGGAAAUACCUAGAGAGAGGCCUUUUGGUCCCAGAUCACGUCAUCACACGCCUGAUGCUCUCGGAGCUGGAGAGCAGGAGUGGCCAGCACUGGCUUCUGGACGGCUUUCCGAGGACAUUAGGACAAGCUGAAGCUCUAGACAAACUGUGUGACCUGGAUUUAGUGAUCACUUUGAACAUUCCAUUUGAGACAUUGAAAGAUCGACUCAGCCGUCGUUGGAUUCACCCUCCCAGCGGAAGAGUGUAUAAUAUGGACUUCAACCCCCCUCAUGUGCAUGGAAUUGAUGACAUCACUGGUGAAGCAUUAAUCCAACAAGAGGAAGAUAAGCCUGAAGCAGUUGCUGCCCGGCUAAGACGGUAUAAGGAUUCUGCGAAGCCAGUCAUUGAGCUAUACAAGAGCCGAGGAGUGCUCCACCAGUUUUCGGGAACGGAGACUAAUAAAAUAUGGCCUUAUGUUUACACACUUUUCUCAAACAAGAUCACACCUAUCAAAUGCAGACAGGCAUUCUGAGCUUGCUCAGUGGAAGAACCAGGAAGAUGUGGUCAUUCAUUCAAUUGUGUCUGUAGUAUUGGUGCCGUGUCCAACUUAGAAGUUAGCUGCGAUAGCUUCCAGCAUCUUUUCUAGUUUACAUGGUGAAGCGAUAGGAAGAUUGAGUACAAAGAGUUCACAACGAGGCCCUCCUGGCUUUGAAGUGUCUCCUUCCACAUGUGGCCAGCCCUUCCCAAGGAAGCAAGUGUAUGCUGGUGUUGAGGCGGUGAAUAACCUGAGCUCCAGCUGACUUCUGACGACUGUCUUGCUGCCAUAGCAGCCUCCUUUUACCCACAAUGGUAGUAUUUCCUGGUUUUUCCCAUGCCGCAUGGUUGUUGAACCACAUGUGAUGCGUCCCAGGCUUUGUCUCAGGUACUAGCGGAUGUGUUGUCCUAAUGACAAUGGAAUUGAAACUGUUGCUCUCAGUGGGUGAUUCUCUGAUUGUGUUUUCCUGAGUAAGAGUGAUUCCUUCUCGGCAUCCAUGCUCCAAAGAAUCUUUGCUUUUUGGAACUUUUAGAUUAAACCAUUUUGAAUUGUACUUGUUUUGAAGAGUUUUUAUUUUAAGAGUUGUAUUUUCUGUCACCGUGGCUCUUAUUACUUUUGUGCAAAUGAGCUGUGCAAACUGUCUCCCUUAAACCGCUGCAUGGCCUCAUGAGCGCGAAGAUUCUCCUUUUACUGUGAAAAAGUUAUACGCCUAUAACUCUUCUAGGAAUCCUUAAAAGGGCGGGGUGAACGUCCACCUUCAUAAAGAUCUCAGAAUAGAAAUAAAACCGUAUGGAAUUA